AUGUCAUAUACAAAAUUAUCAAAUAGUGAAUUGACCGUUCUGGUUAGUUCCAAAGGCGCUGAGUUGACGAGUGUGAUUCAAAAUUCAACGCAAAGAGAAUAUUUGUGGCAGGCCGAUCCAAAGUAUUGGAAGCGUCACUCUCCAGUGUUAUUUCCAAUUGUUGGAAGUUUAUGGGGUGGAAAGUAUACGUAUGAAGGAAAAGUCUAUGAAAUGUCACAACAUGGAUUUGCUCGAGACAGUAGCUUUGAGUGUCGUGAUGUGAAAGAAAAUGAGGCAAAGUACCGUCUAAUUGCAUCAGAAGAAACAAAGAAGAAGUACCCAUUCGACUUUGAUCUUGAAAUAACAUACAAAUUGUGUGGCAGUUCAAUAACAGUGAAGUGGACUGUUACAAACCCAUCAAGUGACAAACCACUUUAUUUCCAAAUUGGAGCACAUCCAGCCUUUAAUUAUAAAGACCACAACGAGGAAUGUGAAAUUCAAAGCACUCUACUUUUUGAACCAAAACGCGAUGACUACACGUUGACAACACUCUCGCAAAAGGGAUGCGUCAAAGAAGAAAAACAAAAGACGACCAUCGAAGGCGGUGUUGUCAAGAUCAGAAAAGACACAUUCAACUGUGACACACUUAUAUUUGAAGACUCACAAAUCAAAACAGUUGCACUGGUGGACAAAGAGCAAAAACCAUAUGUGAAAGUAACAUCUGAAGCCCCAGUGUUUGGGUUUUGGUCACCCGCCGUGGGGAAGUAUGCGCCGUUUGUUUGUUUAGAGCCUUGGUUUGGAAGAUGUGACACUGAAUAUUUCGAUAAAAAUUUCGACCAAAAGCCUUGGAUGCAGUGCUUAGAGCCAAACAAGAAGUUUGAAGGAGGUUAUUGUAUUGAGAUACUUUAA